AAGUGAUGGAUCGAUCUGAAGAACACCUUAAAGACCUUCACGUCGCUUCUGCAAAGGUUGGCGGAGUGUGUGACUGUUCGGAUCCGCUGACACGCCCAUAAGGGCUUGAUUCGCCGGGCUUUACCGACCGCACUCGAAACGCUGCGAGACACCGGACGCAUUCCUAAGGUGCAUCUCCUAGUGCUUAAGUGAUUUUCGAGGUGGAAAGGAAGCAGAAACGGACGAAUAACGGAUUCCCACCCUGUAUCACUGUCUUAUCAUUUGAGGUGGAUACUUGGAGGUAAGAUGAACACUGCAAUAGAGAAUAUCAGUUUUGCGGCAUGCAGGGAUGUCACAAAAUAUGCAGCUGGCUUUGGGUGGCAGGAAUUGAAGGGUUAAAUUCUGCAGUUUCUGCUUUGUCUGGUACUUUUCCAAUAGGUGAAAGUUGCCGUUUUCUGCUGAACAUAAAUUAAAUCAUGUUUAUUUAACAGGCUGAGUAAAGCGUUUGUGUUUGCUGAAGAAGACAUUUCUAGUCGUGUCUGCAUAGCAUCACGUUAAAAUGCCCUGUCAGCGUUCAGCAUCCUCUAUUAACAUAUCAAGUGCUGCCAUUAAAAUGUGUUUUUAAUUAAAUGACGGGAAAUUUAAGACCAGAAAAGCAAAUGUGUGAUUUAGAGCUGUCUGUCACGAUGCGCUGCGACAAUAUUUGUUUUCUUAUAACGACAGUAAUGCACAUUUUAUGGCAUCUUUAGUGUAUUAACGGCUGAUUUUGCCGGUUCACUUGGCCCGUUUCAUUUCGUCAUCAGUGCAUUAUAACAAUCUGAACAUGUGUGGGCGAUCUUUCUUAUCGUGUGACCGACAAAAAUGACUUUGACUGGCAAAUAGUUUUAUGAUUGGGUGGAAGCUAUAACAGAAGGUUUUAGUCAGAAAUGGAGAGAUGCGAGCGAGCGCGCGCUCCGGGGUAAGUCAAAGCUGCCGCCGCCCCCGCCGCUCAUAACACACGGACUGUGUCCCAAAACCCAGUCAGUUGAAUCCCCACGCGGUAUUUCCACCACAGCCAUGCUUAAAAUGGUGCCUAGGUAGGUAGCUCACUAGAUGGUCAGACUGGUGAGAGUCAUGAUCUCAUCGCCUUUCAUGUCAAACCCUUUUAACUACACCAUCGCCUUUGAAAUCGAUCCUCUAGGCUUUAAUAUGGAUUAUGAUUCACAAUAUAGUCAAAUAAGUCUGAAAGGAACGAUGUGGAAGUAAUUUCCAGAUGCCCAGUCCUGGUCUCUCAGGACAUGACCUGCUUAUAACAUCAAUAACCACAUAUGAAUUUGCACCUUUCUAAAGGUUUAGGUGUGAUUUCCCUGAGCUCCUAUUCGUCUUGUUUUAUUUCCCAGGAUUACAGGACCUGCUUCUGGCAUAAUUGACCAAUAUGUAAUAUUGUGGUUCAUAUGGGGUGAUCUGAUUUGAGCUCCUAUUCCUCUGUUGUAUUGCACUCGAGAGAAAAGCAUCUUAUGUUGUGUGUUGCCCAUGUUUUAUGCAUGCUGUUUCUUAUAGGAGAGACUUUGCUGUAAGAGGUGUCAUACUGAGACAGAGAGAGAGAGAAAGCAUAACCAGUAUGAAGAAUCAUCAUCUGUUCAUCUUGAGUUUGCUGUUCUACUCAGCAUUCUCUGCUACUCUGAAAGCCCAAGAAGCGUCGCAGAUUCUGUUUUUUGGGGAAGACUUCCACAUCCCCUUGCCGGCCGGAGGAGCUGACGUGUCCUUCCGGCCUUCGAUUGGUCCAGGACGUGAGAAGCCACUGAUGAGAGCUGAGAAAGUGGUGGACCGUCGUGCCAAAGUCAACAGUGAUAUGAGGCACCUGAUCUUGGAGAAUGUUGGAGAAAGUGACGAAGGAGUUUACACCAUCACAUCCAACCAAAACACAGAGGAAGUUAUAAUCCUGACACUCUAUGUUAGAGACUGCUCAAGUGAGGUCAUAGUGAAAUAUGGUUUAGAUUUUCAUAUUUCACUGAAUGAAAUAUCACAGCCUUUGCGCGUCGGCUUUCGCCACAGCACAGUGGAGGCCAAUCAGACGUCACUGCCAGCAACCAACCUGCUGAAUGCUGAUGGGAAGCCCAAGGAGAUUUACCAGGACCGGCUCAUAAUCGAUACUCAAAAGUUCGUUCUGCGUGCUGUCACAGGGGCUGAUGAGGGCAGUUACACCUUCAGUGAUUCCAAUGGCAAAGUCAAAAAGAAGAUCUGCCUCAACCUGAAAGAUCAUCAGAUAUUUGAUGAAGUUUCAUACGGUGACACUGUGAAAAUAAACCUGCACUUGAAUAAGUCUUUAGUCCGCCUGAGCUACACCCCUGAGUCUGAUAAGCUCAAGUAUUUGAUUAUGGCAAACGGAGAGCUCAGUGUGCCUCCUAACCUGGACUUCGAGGGUCGUCUCACUUUGGAGGACUCAGUGUGUGUCCUGACGGAUGUGAAGGCCAGCGAUGCCGGAAUUUUCAGUGUGAUGGACCUUCAGGGAUUCCUGGUUUCUGAGUACCACCUGAGUCUGAAACCCUACAGUAUUCCAAGACUGUACAUUGCCAUCAUCGCUCUGGUAGCAUUAUUAGUGUUGCUGCUGUUGGUGUGCUUGGUGUCGUGUUUGGUGAAGAUACGCAAACGUGCAGCAAAAGCCAGAGCCAUAGAGGAGAAAGUUCAGAAUGCAGGCAAAGUGGAGGGAGAUGCCUUCAGACAGGUUGUGAAAGAUGCCUGUACCCGUCAAAAUGAGGAAGCCCCAGCACUAUCACAGAAAGAAGACAUUACUGAAAAAUCACAGAGCACAGAGGUCAGCAUUAAGGGUUUGGAAGUGUCUACAAAAGAGCCAAGUCUACAAGAGAGGAAUAUGGAGACCAGUGACUCUGGAGUGGGCUUUAAUACCACCGGGCUCCCACUUGACAGUGACACAGAUGCCCCAACAGCAGCCAUAGCAGAUUCUGAUGUUUUAAGUUCCUCUGCGGCCCCGGAAACCAAAGCUGUUCCCAACCAAAUUCCAGAACCAAAGAUGGCCCCCUCCCCUCCAAAACCAGCACCAGCUUCUGAUCUCAAACCAGCACCAGUGGUCAAGUCAACAGCUCCUCCACCACCUUCUCCUGAACCCAAGCCACCAGUAACACCUGAACCCAAACCUGCAGUCACACCAAUACCUGAACCCAAAACUGCUGCUACACCUGAACCAAAAAUGACCAUCUUGCCACCACCGGAAACAAAACCAACCUUAACCCCAUCACCAGAACCCAAACAACCUGUGACACCUGACCCAAAACCAACAAGUCCGGCACCUGAGGCUAAACCAAUUCCAAGCCCAACUCCUGAACCUCUAAAAGCAGUAACACCAACUCCUGAUGCAAAACCAGCCAUUACUCCAGAUGCCAAACCAGCGGUUUCACCUACUCCUGAACCCACACCAGCUAAAAUUGGCACCCCUGAACAGAAACCUGCUGUGAGCCCCACACCUGGUCCCAAGACUCCAGAUCCAAAAGCAGUUUCACCAGUCCCUGAGCUUAAACCAACUUCACCCACUCCGCAGUCUAAAUCACCAGUCUCACCAAUUCUCGACUCAAAACCAACUACAAAUGGCACUCCUGAAUCCAAGGCUGAAUUAGGAUCAGAGCCAAGUGCGCCCCUGUCUCCUGGGCUGGAUGUGAAGGGCACUACCCCUCCCAAAACCCCUGAUACCGGGAAAAGCUCAGUUAAAACUCCUGAGCUCAUCUCCACUGGAGGUCUUGAUUCGGCUUCCACCAAUGACAGCGCACCGCCUCCAAGCACCGAUGGAGCGGCCACCAACUGAGAUUAAAACCAUAGCCUCUUCCUGCCUCCGCCUAGUGUAUUAACCAUCACAGACAAUCGAGACACUUGUCUUAACAACAAAGAAGAGCUAAGUGACUUCCUAAGGGGGUGGGGUCUUUUGAGUCUCACUUUUAAUACGAUUAACAUGCAUCAAUAGAAAGAUCCACUGUAAAUCCACUCAGUUUACUAAUAUUUAGUCACCACAUAAAAAGGUUUGAAUACAGAGAUGAAGCACUCCAGACCCUACACUAUUGGCUGAUUUAAUACAGAACGAGGGAGGCUGUCUGGGAUAUUCGAAGAAAGUGUACAAAGACAAAUGUUCCUUCACAGAAAUAAUACAUCACUGCAUGAAGAUAUUGAAAAAAUAAAUGAUAUUAUCAGUUCUGCAAUCCAAGAUUACUACAGUUGAAUUUGGGGAAGGCACCCAGGGGCAUGGGACAUUAAUCAUUUUCAUUCUUUACGAAAUCAUUUCUGCUCCAUUUUGAAAAGUUAGAGACUCUGAAUUGCAGGAUUGAUACUGAGGAAGCAGUGAGCCAACUUUCUGCCUUUUGAGGACUGGAAAAUGGAAAAGCCUUGUGUCACUUUGACACAUGUUAGUCAACAUGUCAUUUUUACAAGAGAUGAACUUGGCAACUCCAAAAGUAAAGUGCAGUGCAAAGCCAAACGAAGAAAAUCCAUUUCACCAAAAACAUCACAAUCCUUCAUAGACUAAUCUGUGACUUUUUGCCUGGAGGACAUUUUUGAAAAUCUUCUUCUAUCAGUCCAACCUAAGACACUAGCUGUUCUUAUCCAGAGAUGUGACAGUAACCACAUUUCUGUUCAUUCAGUAACAAAAAUAUUGCUGUGGAAAUAUUCCUCAAUUGUUUCUGUGAGCAAGAUGCCUUCAUACAACAACUGACAACUUUGACAGCAACAGGUACAGGUUACUUCUUUGAGUGAGUUGUUUUCAGUCUAAUCGAUCUUGAUGGGGAGGCUGAAGGUUCCAAAAAAGUGUUAUGCAAAUCAGGUGUUGACACAUGUACACCCAAAAAGUCAGCUGAUUCCCAUUUUUACAUCCCAGAACUGAGUUGUCAGUUGUGGGGAAUGUGGCAGACUACUGCAACAUGGCAUAGUUUUACUGGCACCUUAUGCCAAGGUCAGACUGCAGGAUUUUCAAAGUAGUCAUGUCAUAGAUGUUUUCACACUGCAUGACUAUCUGGGGUAGCAUUCUGUUGGUGCUGUGUUUACACUGUAGGAUGGAUCAGCGACAGGCAUUACAAUAGGAAAAUCGCCGACAACUUUGUCUCGGUACACAAACUACGUCUCUCACAACCAAACACAAGCGAGAAGUGACAUGGAAACAAUGUGAGGUGACGUAGUAUAUCUUUUGUUAGUAACUACAUAAUGAAAAAGAAGCCUUUAGUGGGGUAGAAAAUCUACUUGUUUUGCUUACCUGGUCUUUGAAGGGAAUUCGCAAUUUUUUUUAAACUUUUUUCUUCUUCGACUUGGUUGUGGUAUUGCUCAGAUGAUACGUCAAAAAGACACGGGUGCCAUCGGUGCCAAUAGCCAAGUGGUUAAAUGCGUCGACAUAUAGCACCAAGAUGCUCACAGCAACCUAAGUUCGAUUCCCGGCUCGAGGUCCUUUGCCGAUCCCUCCCCUGUCUUUGUUCUCGGGUCCAAAUAGAAAAUAAACACUUUUAACUUCUCCCUCAGCCUCCCAUUGGCCUGCAGAUACCCAUACUAGUGGAUGCUGCUCUCUCAUUGGCUGUAGGUAAUCACCGAUGUUAUAUUCAAUCAGAACACAUUUCACACAACAUGAAUUGAAUCGCCCACAGCUCCUGAUAUUUAGCAUGCCAAAAUCUCAUGGACGUUGGCGACUCAUUGGCGAUUCUCUCAGAUGGUGUCUUUGAUAGUUCACACUGUGUGAUUGUUAUUCGCGUGAAUGAGUACCUUUUUGCUUGUGAUUUCAGGCAUUUUCUGCGAUAUUUUAAAACCUGUCGGCCAAAACCAAAAUCGGAGCUAAAAUCAUGCAGUCUGAACUCAGCAUUACAGUAUCACUCAACCAACUGAAUGGGCUAAAAUAGAUUUUGAAUAACACAUGAUUUCAUCAUUACUUGAUGAAUACCACCCAGGAUUGAAAAUGUACUCACACAUCUCAAAUUAAAUUUUAUUGACUGCCCACUUUACAGAGCUACAAUAGCGAAGUGUUAAAUAGCAUUGACUCUGAAUCUGUGAGCAGUGAAUUAGUCCCAGAAUGUCAUGUUACGGUAAAAUCUGCUUGUUCAUGUUAAAUGAGGAAUAGUUGGACAUAGUUUAUAAGAUCUAGAUUUGUUGUGCUGCUUCUGGUUGAUCUACAGUGUUCAACAAAUAGGUUUAGAGUCAUCGUUGAAAGACAAUACAGUUUCACAUAUCAGUUUACAGAUAAAUCCCUGGUGCCUCCUGUAGAGCCUGAACACCACUGCCUGUUAAUGUUGUAUACGUCCAGGAAUCUGCUUUUACCACACUGUCUGUGGGAGCUGAUGGUAAAUCACAGUGAUUAGCGGGGAAGAUAUGUAACGAAAUGUGUAUCAAGAUCUUUAAGCAUGGGCGGACCUGACAGGCUGGGGGUUUGUGGGUAGAUUUACUAACCGAAGAUGAUCACUACCUCACAUUUACGCUGGAUUAAAAUACUAAAUAACUAAUUAAACACAUUGUAAGGUAUGUUGACAUUAAA